UCCCCUCAGCCAAUUAAACCCCUGCAUCAAUGCGCGUCCCCUCUGUCUCUCUCAUUACUUCAUUUAUAGCUUUAUCUUUCGAAUGCGCCAAUUUUUCCCUAAACCACCAACAGCCCAACAGGCAGCAUCUACAUAAUCUGAGACGAGGCCAUAUAGUUGCAGAGGAACUCACACACACCACACACAGUGACACACACCCAAAUAUCUCUCUCUCUCUCCAGACAAUAGAAGCAGAGCAAUUUGCAGAGAGACAGAAAUUUUGGAGUUUGGAGUUUGAUGAUCAUACUUACCUCAAACUCAGAAAUGCUGUGUUCGAGUAGCUCAGUACUCUCCCUCUCACCAAGCUUCAACACCUAUUCUUCCAACAAACUCGCAGACAUCGCAGCCAGAGUUGUAGAAGAGUUCAGAGCUGAAUCAAACUCGGAUUUUGAUUAUUUAUUCGACUCAACAAAUGAUGAAACAGGAAACGAUAGAGCUCUGGAAGAAAAUCUACCACAAGUACUUAAAGAAGAAGAGGAAGAAGAGAAACAACAGAGGAAGAGUACUGACGAGGUUGACCUUGAAGAAGAUGAAGACGAGUAUGAUGAUGAUGAGUUUGAGUUUGCUUUUGUUACCGCAGAAUCUGACUCGUCGACGAUUUCAGCGGAUGAGAUCUUCUAUAACGGUCAGAUUCGACCGAUGUUUCCAAUUUUCAACAGAGAUUUGUUAUUAGGUGAUCUUGAAAAUGACGACUCUGAAUCUUCCAAACCUCCGACUCGGUCUCCGACUAGGUUUUCGUUGAGGAUGCUACUGGGAGAAGAACGGGACUCUCCGUCGUCGGAGGCAGAGGAGCUAGACCGAGUUCCGCCGGGAAAUUACAGUGUUUGGACUUCAAAAGAAGCUACGACGGGGGAAUCGCCGGAAUCACGCAAGGAGAGCAAUUCGACUGGCUCGUCCAAACGGUGGAAGUUUCGAGACCUGCUUCACCGAAGCAAUAGCAACGGCAAGGACACUUUCGUCUUUUUCACUCCUUCAACUCUCAAUUCGAAGAAGAAAGACGAAAAAACUGACUCGAUAGACGCCGGAAAAAUGAAGGCGAAGAAAAUCACCGGCCGUGAAGAGCUGAUGGCAGCUCAGUACACAAGAAACAGCAGAUUGAUGAAGGAAGGUGAGAGAAAGCGAUCAUUUUUGCCUUACCGGCAAGAUCUUGUGGGAUUCUUCGCUACUGUGAACGGGCUGAUGACCAAAAAUCUACCGACUUCCUGAGAAGACGAAGCGGCGAUUAGCACUUUAUUUUUAUUUUUAGUCACACAUUAAUACAGGCAAGAUGAAAUCUACUACGUUGAGGUUCGAAUCCCGAUGUUAAGGUUCAAUUGCGAGUACCCGUUAUUAGA